AUGGUCACGAAUGAUCUGAAUGGGAAACCGUUCCAACUGAAAUUCGUCAGAGCAGCUCAGAUGCAACUAUUCGCAAAUGCAAUUUGUGAUCCGCCAUUGGGAUCGACCACAGUUGUUCCCUACGGAGAAACGGUCAAAUUCACAAUCCUUUUAGAAUCCAGCAGAUCCUUCCCUGAACAGCCAUGGGAAGCCAUACUCUGGCACAACGGUCACGAGAACCACGAGUGGCGUGAAUUGCGUCUGGAGGAGACACAGACAACUACUGGCCCUCUUGUGGUCGGCUCCAAAAACAGAGCCGUAGUGUACCGCCGCUUCUUCUCAAUUGAUCUACCAACUCCGUCCAACCUCCAUGAUUCUGUGCAGUUCACGCUAAAGUAUCGCAUCGCAUCGUCCCAUGGUUGGAAGUGGGUGAACGACAACUCGUCUUUCACAGAUGGAGAACUAUAUUACCAGCCUGAAAAGCCACCUACCGAGUUGACAAGCUAUCUCAAGGACCUUAGUCCUGAUUUCUCUGUCCAGUCUGUCCCAAGCGAAUCCCCAGAUGCUCAAGUAUGGUCAAUCACGACAGCUGUGAAAGCAGCGGAAGGCGAGACUUCUGGUUGGACUGAAACAAGCCUCGGUGUUCCAAGGAGCUUCACCCGAUGGUUCGCGCUGGUGAGGAUCUGGAGCCCGUGGCUUGCGCCUCGACAUGGCAAAGGAAACUUCCAACCCCAGGAAGAUGCCAUUCUCUGCUCUUUCUUGCGCUGGGAUGGCCUUCACCUGGUCUUACUUGCGGUCAGUGGGAUUGAUGAUGUCUUGACUAUCUUCAAACAUGAUGGCCAUGGAAAUGUCAUCGCCUCAUCAAGGAAUGAUAGCCCGAUGGACGGCCAGACCAGGAUUGUUGCCGCUGUUGCCCCGAAUUUUGAGUCAGCUAAUGCUGCGGUGAUGUAUCAUGCGCGCAAGCUUGUCCGCGGAGAUGAAUAUAUGAGUAAUGAAAUCAAGGCUGAGAUGAAAACCGCUAUUGAGAACGAUGUUAAGGCUGAAUGGAUGGACAAUUGGUACGAUGGAUUGACUUACUGUACCUGGAAUGCGUUGGGCCAAGACCUGAACGAGAACAAGAUAUACAACGCGUUGGAUAUUCUCAAGCAGAACAACAUCAAAAUCACAAACUUGAUCAUCGAUGACAACUGGCAGUCUCUUGACUCCCAUGGCGAACAUCAGUUCAACCGAGGCUGGACCGAUUUCGAAGCAAAUAAGGAAGGCUUCCCACAUGGACUGAAGCAUACAAUCAAGAAUAUUCGAGAAGAUCACCCAAACAUCCAACAUAUAGCCGUCUGGCAUGCCAUUGCAGGAUACUGGGGAGGUGUUUCUCCGGAUGGGAGUAUUGCUAAAAAGUACAAGACUGUUGCAGUUCGCAAAGAGAGGAGUCUGAUUCCAGCAGAAACAGUGACAAUGGUGGAUGCGGACGACAUCGACAGGAUGUACAACGACUUCUACAAAUUCCUCCUCUCUUGUGGCGUCGACUCUGUGAAAACGGACGCUCAAUUUGCUCUCGAUCUUCUCGCUGAUGCGCCUGAUCGCCGCCGCUUCAUCAAGGCCUACCAAGACGCCUGGACCAUCAACGGUCUCCGCUACUUCUCCAUCAAGGCCAUCUCAUGCAUGUCACAGAUCCCUCAGAUAUUGUUUCACACCCAAUUACCUAUCAACAAGCCACGUAUCAUGGUCCGCAAUAGCGAUGACUUCUUCCCGGGCAUACCUAGUUCGCAUCCUUGGCAUAUCUUUGUCAAUGGUCAUAACUCACUUCUGACAAGCCAUCUUAACAUAUUGCCAGACUGGGACAUGUUCCAAACAUCGCAUCCCUACUCCUCCUUCCAUGCUGCUGGUCGCUGCGUCUCUGGAGGUCCCAUAUAUUUCACAGAUGAACCUGGGCAACACAAUUUAGACCUGAUCGCGCAGAUGACUGCCCGGACCAUUCAAGGUAAAACGAUCAUUCUUCGCCCCUCUGUCAUUGGCAAAGCCGUGGGCAUCUACAUCGGGUACGAAGAAGAGAGGCUUCUCAAAGUGGGUACCUUCACUGGCGGUGUAGGUGGCACAGGUAUACUAGCUCUGUUCAAUGUCAGUGAACGCUCGCUGUCAGAGCUAGUCAAUAUCAACGCUUUCCCCGGGGUCGGCAGCGGCGAGGAGUAUGUCGUGAGAACGCACACCACAGGCGAAGUCACGCAUCCUAUGAAAUUGAGUAGCGAAACUCCCGUCAUCUCUCUGGAGGUGGAGGUCAAAGGCUAUGAGAUCCUUUCCGCCUACCCUCUCCACGUAUUUCCAAUUCCAGAACCCUCCAUACCAGACCCUUCAGCUACGAAGGUCGCUGUGUUGGGUCUGCUGGGCAAGAUGACCGGCGCGGCCGCUGUUGUUAGGUCCGAGACGCGCCUUGAAGACAACGGUAGGCUGCGCAUUGAAGUGGCGUUAAAGGCACUAGGAAUGCUGGGGAUCUACGUCUCUACUCUGCAUCAAAAGGUGGUGGAAGAUGAUGUCUUGGUGAUGAUUUCCGAGAAGGUGGUACCCAUGCGCACGGUCAAGAUUGCUGAGCAGGCUCCGGUGCUGGAGGUGGAUGUGGAGACGGCGUGGGACGAGAUGGGCCUCGAGGCAGGGUGGAGCAAUGAGGUCAGGGUGCUGGUGCUGGUGUGA